AUGUUAACCUCUUGGGCUGGAUCCGGCGGUUCAAGGCGCAUUUGCUCAACACGUAUUCUGGCAAAUUGGUUGAAGCAGCAUAGUUUGGAUCAGCGCAUUGCCGAUCUACCUCGAACGCACGCGGUAUUCGCGAGCAGUCGGUGUCUUCUGUUUGGUCUGAACGGCCAGGUACGUGGACGAAUUCUGGGAGCCGCUGCGCGAGAAAGGGAUCGAUCGUUGCAUCCAUCGUGCAGGGUUGUGGGCGCACAGGACACUCUGAAGCUCCAAGGUGACGCUCCUUUCGAUUGGUUGCGGGUUGAUGGCCGCGGCAUUGAAACCCGAGUGAAGCAUAAGUCAGCAUUGAUGUCUUGGGAUAAAAGUGGUAAGCGUUGGACCGCUGCAUUUGCAGGUAUCGAGAUUGAUCAGCACGAUGAACUACAACUAACAUUGGUAACGCCAGCAGGAGUGCUUUGUUUUAUCCAAAGUGAUUCGGCUUGGCCCAUUGUUGGCAAGACGUGUGGCCGAAAAGGAAGGAACAUCCGUCUAGUAGGACCAUCUGGGGAAUUUGACGUCGACAGCGCGUUGCAGAAAAUGGUCACAAAGGUUGGCGCAGUGAGUUCAGUGUUCACGUAUCCUCACGAUGAUCCGAUAUUGAAGUGGGCAGCAGCUUCGUGUGCAUCCCGCACACAUGAGAUCUACGCGGCCCUCGGGUGCCCAUUCAACGGCUUAGACAUCCGUUCGCGAGGCAUGCUGUUCGAAGCCAUCGCGCGAACCCGUGACGCUGAGCGGCAUAUUGAGUCUCAUGUUGACCACGCAGAUGUAUGUUUCGGCGCUGAUGGGAGGCAGUUGCAUGCCUCGAUUCGCAAAUAUGAUUGGAAGAGAACGCACCGACACAGUAGAUCUCACGUAAGAGUUGAACACAAGUCUGCCCAAGUAACAUGGGACAGCACAAACAGGCUUUGGAGAGCUAUAUGGAAGGGGGUGGUACCAGACAAUCACGACGAGCUGCAACUCACAUUGUAUUCGCCGAAUGCUUUGCGCACAUUCAUUCACGAUGGCUCUACAGGACUGUCUGGAAGAAGUUCCAAGCGUGACGUGGCAUUUUCGGGGCCGAAGGGUGAACAUGACAUUCACCUUUCCAUGUCUGUACUAUUGCAUAAACUUGUCGUGGCUUUCGGUUCGCCAGUGACAGAAUAUCUUUGA